CUAAAUGCAAACGAAACUGUGUUUACUUGGUAAUGGUAGUGGUAUCACGGUCAAAUGGUUAUAAGCAAUGACUGCAAUGGGACCAGCAACUUUAUUUGAAAACAAGAGGAAGAAAAGGAAAUGACUACCAGCACCAAGAAAUGGCAAGAGGCCAUUAAAAAUUUUUAUUAUAAUCAAAACAAAUACUGAAGAGAGACUGAGAGAAGCUUGAGAGUUGAGACAUAACAAUAUUAAUAUUAUAAAGGACUUGCUACUGAUGCUCAGUGCGAAUGAAUAUUAUCAUUAAUAAUCAUGAUGAUUUGAUGAGAAAAAGAAGGAGUUAAUAUAGUUCUCCAAUAGUCAUUAUGAGUUCAGUGAGGCCUAAGAAAAGAAGAACCAUAGCACUAGAGUACUGUAACAAUAAUUCUAACACGAACGAGGUAGCAAAAGCAACCAUGAGAUCAUUGUUAGGAUUGAUACAUUAGACUUCCUGUUCCAAACACUAUAAUGAAUGAAUACAUACUUUCUGUUCUAAAGCUUUGGAUAGAUGCGUUAUUCACACAUUUCCUGUUCCAUAACACAAUCACAUGCAUGCUUUUAACGAAUGAAUACAUUGUACUUCCUGUUCCAUGCAUCAUCUAACACUUUGGAUCAAAGCCAAUGUUAACAAACAUUUCAGGAAAAAUCAAUUGCCCGGAAAUAAGACAAUUUGCACAUUACAUAAGCAUUAAUCCCCGGUACAAACUGUUUAACGUUAAUGUUAUAUUAUUUUAAUGCGUGUUAUUAAUUUUUCAAGGUCCAUUGAUCAAGCUUGCUGCUUCACUGACCAAGGUCUGAUUGUAAACUAUAUAAAAGGAAGAGAAAGAGAGAGAGAGAACAGACAAGUAAACAAACAUUUCUACUACUAAUCAACUUACAAAAAUCACGAUAAUGAGAGCCUCUCAUCUUUCUAUUCUCUUUACGAUAUUGCUCCUAAUUUUGAGUGCAGCCUCAAAUCCAGUUAGACGUCGAUCGACAUGUGAAAAAAAUAGUUUGAGUAAUUUAUUUGAUGGUGCCUUUGCUACUAAAUUUAACAUGAAUUCUCGAUACAACACUAGUUUCUCUAAUGCUCCUCUGGACAUUCAAAAAAUGUACAAGCUCAUAAAACUACACAAAGAUCUGUUAUUAAAUGAAGAUGAACCAUACAGCAUAUUAGAACCAGCUAUAAGCAAUAUACUGGCAUACGCUUGCAAAGCUACUGAAUCACUAUCAAGAUUGUGUGACACAGAUGAGAUACUUCAUUAUGGUGUACAUAAGAUGAUGGAAGAUAAAGCUGGAAAAAUUAGAUCCUCUCUCUACACUAAUGAAUUUUAUGGCAAGUGCCUCAACGAUACAGCAUGGCUGGAAAAUGCUUUCAAUGGUAAAGAAAGCCUUUUAAACUCUUUGCCUUAUAAAGGAUGGGGACAAUGAAUUUCA